AUGCGCUACGCGGUGCUUGUAACGGGUCCAGCAGGAGCUGGGAAGUCGACGUUCAGCGGUUCGCUCAUGACACAUAUCCAACAUUCUAAGCGCACAGCGCACCUUGUGAACCUGGAUCCGGCAGCGGCGCCGGACAGCUUCGAAUACGCGCCUUCCAUCGACAUCAAGGACCUCAUUUCCUUAGAAGAUGUGAUGACCGAACUGAACUAUGGGCCGAAUGGAGGACUUGUGUACUGCUUCGAGUACCUGCUUGAGAACAUGGACUGGUUGGACGAGGAGAUCGGAGAGUUUGAGGACGACUACUUGAUUAUCGAUUGCCCCGGACAAAUCGAACUAUACACCCACCAUCCGUUCUUACCGACGCUUGUCAAGCACCUGAACCGACAGGGUAUACGCACAUGUGCGGCGUAUCUUCUAGAAUCGCAGUUUAUGGAAGACAAGUAUAAGUUCUUCAGUGGCGUAAUGUCUGCCAUGUCUGCCAUGGUGAACCUGGAGAUUCCGUGGAUCAAUGUCAUGUCGAAGAUGGAUCUCGUAUUGCCCAACCCAGAAGACCCUUCAUCUGGCGGCCGGAAUGGGCUCCGUACCCGCCGAAACAUAGCAAGGUACCUGGAUCCAGACCCUCUUCUCCUCGCAACUCCUCAUUCCGGUGGCGAUGGGACGGAAACACUUAACCCCAGAUUCCAUGCGCUCAAUCAAGCCAUCGUCCAACUCAUCGAGGAUCACCCGCUGGUUUCAUUUUUGCCUCUCGACUUGACCAAUCCGGACUCGAUUGAGACGGUCCUCAGUCAUAUCGACUACACGAUGCAGUAUGGGGAGGAUGAAGAGCCGAAGGAGCCACACGACCUCGACGAAGGCGACUUCCACGACAUGGAGUAG